AUGUCAAGUAGUCAACGAGCAGAAAGUGGACAUGCAUUUUUCAAAAAAUUUGUUUCGAAGAAUAAUUCAUUGAUGGAUUUUAUGAUACAGUUUGGUAGGGGACUAGUGCGCCAACGUCACGAGGAGUUGAUGGCCGCUCACAAAGAUGUAAUUGAGAAACCUAAACUUAGAAUAAAUCAUGACUUUUUGAAGCAAAUGGUUGAUAUUUACACGAAAGAGAUGUAUUACAAGUUUGAGGCUAAAGUGUGUGACAGCUUUAACUACAACUUACAGUUUGUUAGGGAAACCGACAAUCACUAUGUGUAUCAAAUUCAAAGAAAGAAGCUCGGAGCAAGUAAAGUCCGCGAAAUCGUUUACAACAAGGACUUGAAUUUGGUUUCUUGUAGUUGUAAAAAGUUCAAAAGUGUCGGAAUCCCAUGUACGCACAUUAUCUUAUAUUUGAUGAAGUUUGAUGCUGAAAUAUUGCCCGAUAAAUAUAUCUUAAAGAUGUGGACUAAGUCUGCAAAAUCAGGGAUAAUGGAUGAUGAUAAAGACAUGCAGAUAACCCCUGACAAUUCUUAUCUUUUAAUGCGGAGUCAAUUUAUCCAAUCAUCUUUGGAUUUAGUUGACAAGUCCCUCGUAUGUGAAGAAACAAGGAUGAUGUUUACCGAUGGUUUGUGUAGCAUUAAUGAGCAAAUAAGUCAAUUUCUUAGUAGCCGCAUGGGUGUAAUGAGCUUCACCGAGAAAAGUAAUUCAAUAGGUAGUAAUAUAAUAGGUGAUGGUACUAGUGCGCAUGGUUCUUGUACUUUUCAAAAUAGUUUCAAUGAACCCAAUCAAGUGCGAGCAAAGGGGUACGGUAAAAGGUUGAAAGGAGGAAAAGAGAAAUCAAUUGCUAAAGUCAAAAAUAAAAGAGAGAGACAUUGUCACGGGUGUGGUAAAGUAGGCCAAUCACAUGAUAAGUGA